GCUCCGCUCGGCGGCGAUGGAGCUGGAGCAGCUGCGGAAAAGCUACCGGGGGGACAGCGAGGCGUUCGAGGAGUGCCACCUGGUGUCCCUGGAGCCCCUGGAGCAGUUCCGGGCCUGGCUGCAGGACGCGCUGCAGUGCCCGGACAUCGCCGAGCCCAACGCCAUGUGCCUGGCCACCUGCUCCAGGGACGGGCGGCCCUCGGCGCGCAUGGUGCUGCUGAAGGGGCUGGGGCCGGACGGGCUGCGCUUCUUCACCAACUACGAGAGCAGGAAGGGCCAGGAGCUGGACUCCAAUCCCUUCGCCUCCCUCGUGUUCUACUGGGAGCCGCUCUGCCGGCAGGUGCGCAUCGAGGGCUCGGUGCGGCGCCUGCCCGAGGAGGAAUCCGAUCGCUACUUCCAGUCCCGGCCCCGGGGCAGCCAGAUCGGGGCCCUGGUCAGCCGGCAGAGCUCGGUCAUCCCUGACAGAGAGUACCUGCGGAAGAAGAACGCGGAGCUGGAGGAGCUGUACCGGGACAAGGCAGUGCCCAGGCCGGAUUACUGGGGCGCGUACCUGGUGGAGCCGGAGCUGGUGGAGUUCUGGCAGGGCCAAUCGAACCGGCUGCACGACCGCAUCGUGUUCCGGCGGCUGCGGGACCGCGCGGCGCCGCUCGGGGCCAUGACCCACCGCGGCCACGGCGACUGGGUCUACGAGCGCCUCUCGCCCUGAGCCCGCCCGGAACGGCCCGGGAAUAGCCCGGGAACGG